UCACGGAGAACCGUGCGCGCUCUCACAGUUUUAAUGAAGAGGGCGCGAGAGGAGGAGGAGGAGGAAAAGCUUUUUGGAGACGAAAAAGUUGUGAGUGUAAGAAGUGAAGAUCUGCAGUUCAAACGGUUUGUGCUGAAUCACACUGAUCGACCAAUCACCUGCCUCCGUUGUGACUCCAGAUAUUGAUCAGAUUAUUGAACUGUCAAUCAAUGAAGCUGGACUCGUGAUCGUGUCUGAACCGAGGAGCCGACCGUGAUUCAGGAAUAUAAGACGACUAAAGCUUUUUGUUGCUCAUUGCCUGUGAUUGGUUGGUGAACCAGAGAAGCUCUUCCUUAUUGGUCAAAGAGAAAUUUAAAUAUUAAACAACCAAUGGCAGCGUCCGAACUGAUCCAGGACAGCGGCGAUGUUCGCCCCCAUGUGGAGGUUAACGUGACCAUGACGAAUCCCGAUACUCCUCCUCAUCCUCCGAGGGUAGCCAAUGGUAGCCUGGCGUUCCAAGCAUCCUCGCCGACGCCCCCCGCCGACGCCCAAAAGCAGCAGGAGGGCAGCAAACUGAGCAGCCUGUUCAGACAGAGCCAGCUGAUCCACUCUCUGAGCAGCGGGCUGCGGCGCCACUGCGACUACGUGAAGAUCACCGUGCCGGAGGAGUGUUCCAACCGCCUGCCCAAGGAGUGGUGGAAGACGGGCGUGGCCUUCCUCUACGCUCUGUUCAUCCUCUUCUUCACCACGGUCAUCAUCACCGUCGUCCACGAGAGGGUGCCGGACAAGUCUGUGAGCCCGCCGCUGCCCGACAAGUUCUUCGACUACAUGGACCGAGUGCCCUGGGCCUUCACCGUCACCGAGGUCAACGGGCUGAUCCUGGUCGGACUCUGGCUCGUGCAGCUGAUCUUCCUCAAACACAAAGCGAUCAUCGGCCGGCGCUGUUUCUUCCUGAUCGGGACGCUCUACAUGUAUCGCUGCGUCACCAUGUACAUCACCACCCUGCCGGUGCCUGGAAAGCACAUGGUCUGCGCUCCCAAGCUGUACAACGACUCCACGGGGAAAAUCUGGAGGAUAUUAAGGCUGAUCUCAGGAGGAGGUUUGUCUCUGACUGGAUCUCACCUGAUGUGUGGGGACUUCCUGUACAGCGGUCACACCGUCAUGUUGACGCUGUCCUACCUCUUCAUCAAAGAGUACUCCCCGCGCUGGAUGUGGUGGUACCAGUGGAUCUGCUGGUUCCUCAGCGCCUCGGGAGUCGUCUGCAUCCUGAUCGCUCACGAGCACUACAGCAUCGACGUGGUGGUCGGAUACUUCGCCACCACCAGGACCUUCUGGUGGUACCACACCAUGGCCAACACACAUGUGCUGCGUCAAGCGCCGAACAACUUCCUGUCGAGGACGUGGUGGAACCCCAUCUUUAACUUCCUGGAGAGAAACGUCCAGACGACGGUGCCCGUGGUGUUCUCGUGGCCGGUGGCUCUACCCUCCUCCUGCAGGCAGCACUACAGGAUGGUGGAGGGGGGGAGGGACGAGUGA